GAUUUGGCGAGCAGCGAUGGCCGACCCGAUGGCCGCUGCGAUGCAGCAGUACACUGCGUCGAUGCAAGCUCAGUUCGCCGCCGUCAUGGACAAGGUGCGAUCGAGCAUGGAGCAGAGCUCGGGCAUGGCCGGCAUGAUGAACGAUAUGCUGGAGAACCUUCUCCUCCAGAGCCUUCGCGUCGCCUGCGUCGUCGCGUCCAGCCCGUCGAUGGCCGUUGACGUCCGCGCCACCAACCUCGGUACGAUCCCGAUCCCAGUCGUCGCCAUUGCCAUUGCGCUGCGCCCGCACGAGCGCCCGGAUGCCGACUACGAGCUGCUGACGCGGUCGGUGCCACAAGACCUCGCUGUGCACGACGCGAUCAACGUUCUCGUACCACUGGCGCUGCCAUCUCUCGGUCAGUUCGACGGCCGCAUCGCGGUGUCAUGCGUCAGCCCUGGCACUGGCAAGCGCCUCGAGACGUCGCACGAGUUCAGCAUCUAUUACCUCCAGCAGCUCAGCAUCGAACACUCGACGAGUACGGCGAUUCCCGAUGCCCCAGCGACGACCGUUCGAGGCCUGGACCUCGCCAAGCUGCGCGGCCUCUUGCGCUUGUCGCCGCGGGACGCUUUGGCCACCCACGGUGGAUACCUGCUUCUCGGUCCGGAUCAAGCUCCAUGGUUUGUGCUGCGGCUGCUUGACGGCGACAGCACACACGCCGACGUCGGUGUCGUCGCCUCAAGUUCGUCGCCAAUCGACGUGGGCACCAUUGCACACGAGCUCACACUGCUUGCAGGCCCACGUCGGGUAGACCAGCUACGCAGUUAG